AUGGGUGGACAUACGAGACAGGUGUCUUACUGCAACAUGGGUGGACAUACGAGACAGGUGUCUUACUGCAACAUGGAUGGACAUACAAGACAGGUGCCUUACUGCAACAUGGGUGGACAUACGAGACAGGUGUCUUACUGCAACAUGGAUGGACAUACGAGAAAGGUGUCUUACUGCAACAUGGGUGGACAUACAAGACAGGUGCCUUACUGCAACAUGGGUGGACAUACGAGACAGGUGUCUUACUGCAACAUGGAUGGACAUACAAGACAGGUGUCUUACUGCAACAUGGAUGGAAAUACAAGACAGGUGUCUUACUGCAACAUGGAUGGACAUACAAGACAGGUGUCUUACUGCAACAUGGAUGGAAAUACAAGACAGGUGUCUUACUGCAACAUGGAUGGACAUACAAGACAGGUGUCUUACUGCAACAUGGGUGGACAUACAAGACAGGUGUCUUACUGCAACAUGGAUGGACAUACAAGACAGGUGUCUUACUGCAACAUGGAUGGACAUACGAGACGGGUGUUUGUGAGCGCAUACUGUAUCAGAACUUGCUCAGUGACAGAUUCAUGCAUCCUGAUUACUCUCCUAUCUACAUUUACUACAGGACUGAGUGCCAUUCCACUUUUCGUGGGGAUGUUUUAUGAUAUCGUGUGCUAA